CCUUGUUUCACGCGUAAUCCACAGUCUUGGAUCGUACAUUACUUCAUUGUCAUCAUCACUGUCUACUUACUUUCGACCCUCAAAAAUUUUGAAUAAAACUAAACACUGUAUUCUUCAGCUUUAUAAUGUCCAGUAUAGUACUAUUCGCUGCAAAACAGUUGGUAAGGCGAGCUCUUCCGUCCGCUGAUUUGGACGAAGACACUCCUGAUAUGUCUACCCCAGACGACCAUCUCGAUGAUACAAAUCCCGUCACCGAAGAAAUCUUCUCUUCGUGGGCACUUUUCAUCUUGCUCCUGUUGCUCUGUGCUGCGUUGUGGUCCUCGUACUUUCUCCAACAGAGACGUAUCAAAGCCAUCCACGAAACAGUCUUGUCCAUCUUCUAUGGAAUGAUCGUAGGUCUUAUCAUCCGUAUCAGUCCGGGCCACUACAUCCAAGACGCUGUCAAGUUCAACUCAGGCUAUUUCUUCAACAUCUUGUUGCCUCCCAUUAUCUUGAACUCCGGAUAUGAGCUUCACCAGGCGAACUUCUUCCGUAAUCUCGGCUCCAUCUUGACGUUUGCCAUCCCGGGAACGUUUCUUUCAGCUCUUGUGUUGGGAACCAUAUUGUACAUAUGGACAUCGUUGGGUCUCGACGGAAUUUCACUAGAGUUUGUAGAUGCUCUUGCUGUAGGUGCCACCCUUUCUGCUACAGACCCUGUGACCAUCUUAUCCAUCUUCAACGCAUACAAGGUCGAUCCCAAGCUUUAUACCAUUAUCUUUGGCGAAUCGUUGUUGAACGACGCUAUUUCUAUUGUUAUGUUCGAGACUUGCCAGAAGUUCCACGGCCACCCAGUACAUUUCUCGUCGUUCUUUGAAGGUAUCGGCUUGUUCUUGAUGUCCUUCACCAUCUCCACCAUCAUUGGUAUUCUCAUUGGUAUCUUUGUAGCCUUGAUUCUUAAGCAUUCGCACAUUAGACGAUACCCUCAGAUUGAAACCUGUUUGGUGCUCUUAUUUGCUUAUGAGUCGUACUUCUUCUCCAACGGUGCCCAUAUGUCAGGUAUUGUCUCAUUGCUAUUCUGUGGAAUCACCUUGAAGCACUACGCUUACUUCAACAUGUCGAGAAGAACCCAAAUCGCUACCAAAUAUAUCUUCCAGUUGUUGGCACAAUUGUCAGAGAAUUUCAUCUUUAUCUACUUGGGUUUGUCGCUUUUCACAGAGGUAGAAUUGGUGUUUAAACCCUUAUUGAUUAUCAUUACUUUCAUCUCUAUCUGUAUCGCCAGAUGGUCUGCCGUAUUUCCUCUUUCUCGUUUCCUUAAUUUCUUCUACAAGGCUAGAUUCGAGAAGUUCAACACCAGAAACGCUCUCAACGGUAACAUUUCUGCCCAAUCUUUGCCGGAUGAGAUCAGCCAUUCGUACCAGAUGAUGAUUUUCUGGGCUGGCUUAAGAGGGGCAGUCGGUGUUGCUUUAGCCAUGGGUAUCCAGGGUGAGGCUAAGUGGACAUUAUUGGCCACAGUGUUAGUAGUUGUAGUAUUAACCGUGAUUUUGUUCGGUGGUACUACGGCUUCAAUGUUGGAAAUCUUGGGAAUUAAGAUUGGCUGUAUCGAUGAAAGUAACGACUCUGACGAUGACUUCGAUAUUGAAGCUCCUCGUUUACCCUUGUCUAAUACACCUUCGGCUUUAGGCAAUAGACGCUACAACAACCCAAGCAGAGUACCCAAGACACCUUAUAAGGAUGAUCUCAGAGGUAUCUCGAACCCUAGCUUGGCUGGCCAAUAUCCUAACUCAAACUCCAAUAGUGCCAACAGCUUGAUCGACAACAACCUCGCCAACGAUGAUGAAGACGAAGACGAAUUUGUCACAAGUGAUGUAGACGAUUUGUUGACUGGUUCCAACAAUAUUCCGUUGUCUUCAAACGGAGAUAACAACUUUGGUGGUGUAUUGGGAGCUUUCUUGAGUGCUGAAGAACACGCCAAAUGGUUCACUCGUUUUGACGAACAGGUGUUGAAACCAGUGUUGUUGGAUACUUUGCCCAAUGGAUCCAGCAACGGCAACAACGGAAGUGGUAGCAAUAAUAGAAGAAACCAUAGAGAUGGCGACGGCCAGCCUUAGUUAGAAAGUGACGUAUCAUCACAUCAAUUCAAGACACGGCAGAAUGUCCAUCAGCAGGAAUGUCGCUUCAGCUCGUUCUUACAUUUGUACAAUAGAGAAUAUACAUUAAACAUU